GGCAUCCUCGCCCCACUAACUCUUGACCUGUUGAUAAACCUCCCUUUUGGGUUCAGACACACAAGACUUAGCCCCCAGUGGGCAUCCCAGUGCAUUCCUAGAUAGGAAGGCUCUACCCCCAACUCUAACCUAAACCUGAAAAGUGUGGGAGUGGAGAGGGGCGCUGGUGGCACCAAGGGAUGACUGAGAGCCCUGGAGUACCUACCCAUCCGUGCUGUCACUGCCUUCCCAGUCUAAACAAAAACUGUGCUUGCUGUACAACGCAGCUUCAAGACAUCCCCUAGCUCACACUUCCAAUCAGAUCGCCUCUCCCAAACCCUUCUUACAUAGAAAUUCUGGAACCCUACGGGAGUUGGGGUAUGCUGGGUGUACAACGUGGAGCGGAGGGAGGAGGUGCCAAGCUCAGCCCUAGCCACGGCGCCUACAGGGUCAUUUUCUGCCGCCUGCCACGUCACUCCCUCUGCUAAAGAAAGAAGAAAAAAAAAACUUGCUAGUACCUAAAGGGAUCAGUGGGUAGAGAAGGGGCCGCUGGGAAGGGUUUAGAAACACCUAGAGAAAGAGGCGAGUUCUUAUUUGACUAUUGUGCCCUUGUGAACACUGUGCUAAUUCCAAAGGAAAAUAUUUACCAUCGGUAAUUAUUUGCUGUAUGCUAUUGUUUAACCUUUAAAACUUCUACGUGUGUGGAUGCUCUCGAGGGCUUCCCACGAAUAUUGAUAUCACACCAACAGGUAAAUGUGUGUAUAUGCUCAUGCCUACUCUUUAAAAAGAAGGGAUGAAGUAACCUUUAAUAAACCUUUUUCCAUUUUCAUUUCUUUAGUCUUUGUUAUAACAGAUGUACCAGAAACCAAGUUCAGUAAGAAUUUGUCCAUAUAUAGAAAACAUCAUUAGAAAUGUUGUAGUUGCUAUAUUAGACAAAUAAAAAUGCAGAUCUCUGUGUGUGUGUGCACAUUUGAUUUUUUAAAACUCCAGGAAAAUCUUUACCUUUCUUUGUUUCAGUCAUUAUUUGUUCUUUUCCUACUUCCUGAAAAUAUCUCACUGGAUUAUAAACACCUUGAGGGAGAUCAUGAAUCAGGCAGAUAAAAAUCAACAAGAAAUCCCAUCAUACCUUAGUGAUGAACCACCAGAAGGUUCAGUGAAAGAUCACCCACAGCAGCAGCCAGGCAUGUUGUCCCGUGUGACUGGGGGUAUCUUCAGUGUUACAAAGGGAGCUGUUGGUGCCACCAUUGGUGGUGUGGCUUGGAUUGGUGGCAAAAGUCUGGAGGUGACCAAAACAGCUGUUACAACUGUGCCUUCCAUGGGAAUAGGGCUGGUGAAAGGGGGUGUGUCUGCCGCGGCUGGAGGAGUUACAGCUGUUGGGUCUGCUGUUGUAAACAAAGUGCCCUUAACAGGAAAGAAGAAAGACAAAUCUGACUAAAAUAUGGAGAUACACUUGCUCUCCACAGCAUUAUGAUGCCAGUGGCAUUGAAUUGCUAAAUAAUGGACUAUAACCAAGUCACCUGUUUUGGACAUUUAUCUUCUAAACUGCUGUGUUGAAAGUAUUGAUGACUGGCUUUCAUCUAAAAAGAAGAGACCAAUACAAGCACAGUGUGUGAAGGUUUCUCAUACUUAAGUUUCAGCUUUUUAUCUGGUAAAAUGUUAUACUUAUUCAGUUGUAACUGAAGAUAUGGUAUGUUUGAAUAUUUACUAUAAGUCUUUCAGUUUGACUAAAAAUGUGAAAGUUGAAUUUAGUAGAUGAUCUUUAUUACAGUUCCACAUGUAUAAUGUGCCAGGUAACUCAUCUGCCCCUUAAGAAGGGAACCUUGAACUACAUAAACUGUACCUUUGAUGUGCCUAAUAGUUUCAGAUGUCUUAGUUUUUUUAUAACCAUAGUUGAUUAGUCAAGAGGCAUUCUUUUCUUAGUUAAGUUGGCAAAAGUAGCAGGAAUUAGAGAAGUUUAAAAGAAAAGAUAAAUGGUUUUAUGAUACUGAGUGUUAACCAUCUUUUGUUAGAUAUGCAUUUUAUUAAUUUAAUUAUUGAUGCCUUACAAAAGAAAACAUCUUUGCUAAUACCCUAAGUAUGUGCAGUUCUUAGAAUUAUCUAUGGAUUCUUUUAAAGAUUGUGAAAUUAGUUUUUCCCUCUUUAGAAUCUCAGGAGUAGUAGGAUAAAGGCAUUUCUUGCUGUCAGUGGAUUAAGAUAGUGCUUGUUAACUGUCUUGUUAGUAGUUAAAAUCAAAUUAUACACUUUAACCUGGGUUCAUGCUCCAUCAUUAAUACACCUCACAGUGCCUAAGGAACAUUAAUUUACUGAUCAAAAGCUAUGUUGCAAGAGUUUCAUAUUAAGGAGGAACAAAUAAUAAUUUUAAGCUCUUAAGAAAUUACCUAAGGCAUCCAAGAUAUGAAAAGAAUCCUUCAAAUCUAUACUAUCUCUAGGAUGUCUUAAAUUACAGUAGUACCCCUUUUUAAAAAACAAAGUAAAAGCAACCACAAAUACAUUAGGACUAACUUUUAAAUUGAAUGAAAUGGGCUUCAUAGAUUAGUUUUGAAUAUAAAAUCUAUUAAUAUAUAAGUCCUUUCAAUGGUUUAUAUAGGCUUCUUAAAAUUCUUUAAAGGAGCUAUAGACUUUGUACCAUUUUUCAAGCCAAUUUCAGGUAGGGAAUUGAAGUUUUUGAUUAUGGAUGAUAAGCAUGUCAUAUCUUAUUAACGUGUCUCAUCAUGUCUCAUUCAUUCUGAAAGAAUAUGAUUUAGCUGGAAUUUCUUUUUUAUGUUCAAUUUCAUAAAAAAUUAACAAUUGGCAUAUAUACUUGGCAUUCGUCUUAACUAAGGGUUAUAAUCCAAGCCUGAAAAAUCUUAACUUUCCUUAUGCCUAAGUCUGGAAAUUUGUCUCUAUUCUGUCAACUUUUUUUGUGGUGGAGGGGAGAAAAGAGGGUGAUUCCCUGCAAAUAAAUAAGUCAAAAUAGCAUGCCUCAGAACUUGAAACAGAUCACCCUAAUACCUGAGGCUUAAAUGGUUAUAGAACACUAGGGGUAUUACAUUAAUAAUGUGGAUUAACAAAUGGAUAAGAAUAUAAUUUAACUUUUAAAAGCUUUCAUAAAUACCAAUCGAUUUUAAGCAACUGUACACAAGUUACUGAACCUUUCUAUUAUAUACAAAUCUAAAAAGUCAUUAAGGAGUUCAUUCAAUUCAUUAGGAAUUAAAUGGUCACUUAUUUCAUGCAGUAUGAUUUAAGGUCUUUGUUGGUAUAUCUGCUCAAAUGUCAUAAUUAGAGGGGAUUUUAAAAAUGAAUAGGUGAACACUAAAUAAUGGUAUUGGAGAACUUGUUUCCUGCUAUUUGGAAGAAAUUAUUGCUUCAUUGCUAGUUUAUCUUUCUAAUUUAUCUUCUACAGUCAUAGACUCUGCCAGUGUGCGUUGUAUCUGAAUUUCUAAGUUCAGAUUUUAGUUUACUGUAUGCUUGCAUAUUUAUUUUCAGCCUUGCUUGUCUUUAAAAUUGCUUGAGGAAAAAUGGUUGUAAUUAAUUUCUGCUACAGAAAAGCCACCUAGUACAUUUUAUCUCAUUAAGAUUUUUUAAAAUUCUGAACUAUAACUUUGCUCAGAGGGGCUUUUGCAAUGAUAGCAGAAAACUGUACUAAUGUACAGUCAUAGAAGUUCUUAUUGAAAUGAACUUGCCAUUUCAUGAUGUGUACAGCUGUAUACUUGAGUCUUUUCUAGCUUAUUUACGUAGACUAGCAGUUUGACCUGUUAAACAGGACUAGUUCAUGUCAAGAAACUAAAGUUGUUGAAUACACUUGGAGGCAUCUGUUAUUCAUAUUAUCCUUUGAGUGGGUAUUUGGCACAAUGAAGAUAAACUUGUGUGACCCACUUGAAUGACUGAUCUAAUAAUGUUGACAUUAUGAAUCCUGUACUUAGUGAAAUGUCAGAUGAAAAUAACUGAUGAAUAAUUUUUUUUGUAUUAAAGGAAUGGGAAAAGAACACAUGAAUUUGUUAAUAAAGCACUAUGAUCUGCAGAAGGAUGGAAUGUUUUAUAAAGAUCUAAAUAAAUAAAGGAAAUUUUAAAACAGGG